AUGACGACGGUAGACGACCACAUCUCGCCCGCUUACUACUACUACGUAGACCCCGCGACCGUGUACCAGGCGCAGGAGCCCAACCCGCUGGAAGACCUGAUAUCGGUGUACGGGCUCCAGGACCUGUCGCGGCAGGUGGCGCGCACGAACCCAGACGGGAGCAAGGCGGUGAAGCUGCGGAAGUCGUACAAAAACCAGAUCAGCGACCUGUCGGCCAAGUUCUCGGUGAUCCCGACGCGCGAGAACGGCAAGGGCGGGGACAUCUCGCACAUGCUGUUCCAGAACAACGCGGACAUGAUGGCGCAGGUGCGGCGCACGCCGGAGAUGACGGCGGAGCAGUGGCGGCAGCUGAUGGCGGAGCGCGACGCGGGGCUGUUCGACGGGCACAACAUGGACUGGGAGAUCUGCCAGACGGUGCUGUCGCAGUUUGAGCGCAGCUACCCGGCGGAGUUUCAGGCCAACGGGUUCCAGGCCGAAGACCUGGCGUUCGACCUGGACGGCAGCGGCAACACGCUCAAGAGCCGCAAGCGCAAGAACAAGUCCAGCGGCAGCUCGAUGGCGACGCCGAACAGCGACCUGCAGGACGACAUGAAGCGCAGGCGGCUGGAGUAG